GAAGGGGAUGACUGGGGAUGGGGGGGAGGGAACAGGGGCAGAGGAGGGGAGGGAAAUAGCUGGGGACUGGGGGCAGGGCAGGGAGGAGGAGAGGCAAGUGAUUGCUGGGGAUGGGGCUAUCCCUCCCCUCACAAUGCUGGAAGCUGUCUGGAGUGAUUUCUCUGGCAUGAUUGCUCAGGAGGAUUGUGAAAUGCCAGCCUUCAUUAAAGAACUUGGGAAAGAAAACCAGCCUGAGACACGUGCUCUCAGCCUCAAUGCGGUCCUCAGAACUCUGUUCCCUAAAAGUCACCCUCACUGUUCCACUGCACCGAGAAAAGAAAUGGUCAUAAAAGAUACCUUUAAUGGGACUGUGACCUUUCUACCAUUGGAGGAAAAUGAUGAAGGAAAAUAUCAGGUUAAGAAGUGCAACAUUUAUCAAAUUCGACUUAGACACACUAAAGAUGAUGAAUGGUCUGUGUCUAUUUUAACUUCAUCUCCAGAAAACUGGGUCACAGAUGGAAUAGUAUACCCCAAAAGAACGUGGCUUGGAAAGGAACUAUUGUCCAAACUGGCUAAAUGGUCCACUGAGGAAAAGCAGAGUGAGUUUAAAAGUACACUCUCGCUCAUUUCUGUGGCUAAAUACAGCAGGGUUUAUCAGGAGCUAAAAAAAAAAUACAAAGAAAUGGUAAAGGUGUGGCCUGAAGUAACAGAUCCUGAAAAAUUUGUAUAUGAAGAUGUUGCCAUUGCUACUUAUCUGCUGAUCCUUUGGGAAGAAGAGAGAGCAGAAAAAGGGUUGUCUAAGAAACAGUCUUUUGUAGACCUAGGAUGCGGAAACGGUCUGCUGGUUCAUAUUCUGAGCAACGAAGGGUACCCAGGUAGGGGAAUUGAUGUCAGAAGAAGAAAAAUAUGGAACAUGUAUGGACCACAAACACAUUUAGAGGAAUGUGCAAUCAGACCAGAUGACAGUUAUCUCUUUCCAAAUGUUGACUGGCUAAUAGGAAACCAUUCAGAUGAGCUAACGCCAUGGAUACCUGUAAUUGCAGCUAGGUCUUCCUAUUCUUGUUGCUACUUUGUACUGCCUUGUUGCUUCUUUGAUUUCCAUGGAAAAUAUAACCGAAGGCAAAGCCAGAAGACACAGUACAGAGAAUAUCUUGAUUUUGUUACAGAAGUAGGGUUGGAAUGUGGCUUCAGUGUGGAAGAAGAUUGCCUUAGAAUUCCCUCAACGAAGAGGGUAUGCCUCAUUGGGAAGUCCAGAACAUAUCCACCUCUGCAAGAGUAUCAAAUCGAUAAACAGAGAACACAGUAUAUUAACCGUCAGUCCUGCACUGGGGUCACAUCAGACAAAACGGUUGGAUCUAAUCAGUGUGAGAACCAUCAUGUUGUAAACUGUGUCGUUGACCAAGCAGUAGAGUUGGAGUGUGCUGCAAAUGAGACAAAGACAGAUGGUGACAGGGUCUGGUUGUCUGGAUUUCAACCCAGAGAAAAAGUAGAACAAGUCAGGAACUGUGCUGCUCUCCCUCGGGAUUUUGUAGAUGAUGUGGUUUUGACCGUGGCAAGUUUACUGUUAAAUGCAACCCAAGAGAAACCAUGGGAUCAUACACUUGACGUACGUGUGAACACCUGGAAUAAAGGAGAAAGUCUUUCCUUGAGGGAAGUAGCAGAACAUUUAGACAAAGAGACUUUAAAGAGAUUAAAGAAUGAAUAUGGAGGCCUGCAGACAUUGCUCAGGAACAAUCAUCAGGUGUUUGAAGUUCUAAAUGGAAGAGUUCAUAUUCGUGAUUGGAGAGAACAGAAGCCCUCAAAGAGAACCAAGCCAGAAGUGAAACGAAGAUUUUCUGCUGAAGCUUUUAAAACACGUCUCUGCUGGUUUUUCAUCCACCAUCCUGAUGGCUGUUCUCUAACUUCUGAAUCUUGUCCAUAUGCUCAUGGAACUGAGGAGCUGAGGCAGUCUCAGAUUAUGAAAAAGAAAAAGCACCCAUAAUAAUAAAGUACUGUUGGUUACUCUUAAUAAGUACAAAUAAGUGGAUUUCUGAUUAAUUUAAUGGACUGCUAAAUGCAUGAAGAAUGUAUAAGGUUAAGUCUCUCUUUAUUUAUGUGUUCAUUGUAUUUAUCCAGUUUCUAAUAAGUCCUUUUCUAAUUUUAAGUGAUUUUUUUUCUUUUUUAGGGAUUUUUAAGGACAACUGUGAAAAUGUUGAAAUCUAGAUGAAAAUGUCCAUGAUUUAUUUUUUUUUAAUUUUAUUUUUGGUAAUUUUAUUUUUGGUAACAUCCUUAAAGUAUAGGAUUUUGCAUUUUAAAAACAGUUGUGGUCUGACUGCUUAAUGGUUAUUAUGUUUUGUUCAAACAGAAAAGUAAAACCAACUUUUAAAAUCUCA